ACUUGACAGGAAGCAACACGUAACAUGCAUAUCCUAAGGCCGUGUUUGGCAAGCACUUCACCUUCCUUCAAUGCUCCGAUCCCAAACCAAAGCGCACGUCAAACGCAUCCCUUAAAAGCAGAUUCCUUUCUAUAUUCCCACGUGGCCCACACCCUUUUCCCUUUAUGCUAUUCCAUCUCCCCAAUAAUAUCUCACGAAGCUGGGAAGAGCCAAACAGAGUGUUACUUGAGAGAUUGUUCUCACCGAGGGAGAGAGGUUAGGCCAUGGCUGACGAUAGCGUUGUUGAGUCCCCAGUGAAGAGGCAAAGAGAUGAUGAAGAAAAUGGGGUCUCUGUUUCCAUGGAUGUGGAGGGUGGCAAAGACCCUCUUGUUAAUGGUUUAUCAUCUGUGAUUCCUGGCUGGUUCUCUGAAAUCAGUUCAAUGUGGCCUGGAGAGGCUCACUCCUUGAAGGUGGAAAAGAUUUUGUUUCAAGGAAAGUCUGAUUACCAGAAUAUCAUGGUCUUCCAGUCAUCAACAUAUGGCAAGGUUCUUGUUUUGGAUGGAGUAAUUCAGCUAACAGAAAGGGAUGAAUGUGCCUACCAAGAAAUGAUCACUCAUCUUCCUCUUUGCUCUAUUCCAAACCCCAAAAAGGUUUUGGUUAUCGGAGGAGGUGAUGGAGGGGUCCUACGAGAAGUAGCACGCCAUUCUUCAGUUGAAAAGAUAGACAUUUGUGAAAUUGACAAUAUGGUUGUUGAUGUCUCCAAACAAUAUUUCCCUGAUGUAGCUGUAGGGUAUGAGGAUCCUCGUGUGACACUUCAUAUCGGUGAUGGAGUUGCAUUUCUGAAGGCAGUUCCAGAAGGAACUUAUGAUGCUGUUAUAGUGGAUUCAUCCGACCCUAUUGGUCCUGCUCAGGAGCUUUUUGAAAAGCCCUUCUUUCAAUCGGUUGCAAAGGCUCUUCGUCCAGGAGGAGUGGUUUGUACUCAGGCAGAAAGCAUAUGGCUUCAUAUGGAUAUAAUUGAGGACAUUGUGGCCAAUUGUCGCCAUAUUUUUAAAGGCUCUGUCAACUAUGCUUGGACUACUGUUCCUACAUACCCAAGUGGGAUGAUUGGUUUUAUGCUUUGCUCAACCGAGGGACCAGCUGUUGAUUUCAAGCAUCCAGUGAAUCCCAUAGAUGAAAAUGAGUGUCAGAAGUCAGUAAGACCACUGAAAUUUUACAACUCUGAGAUUCAUACAGCAGCUUUCUGUUUGCCAUCAUUUGCAAAGAGGAAGAUUGGUUCUAAAGCUAAUUAAGAUUUUCAAAAGCAUGAAGGAGCUCAUGUGGCUGUUGUAGAAGUCCAUUAUUCAUAUUUUCUGCAUUGGUCCAUCUAUCAAUGAACCUUGGAAUAAGUCAGAUAUUAAAUUUGGCAUUGAAGAGUAACAUUUAUUUCUGGAAAUGAGUUUUAGGUGAUAAUGACAUAGUUGAUGGAUUCAGUUGUCAGCAACUUUCCCCAAAAAACAAUUGACAAUGUGGAACCUUGCUUAGCUCUGUUAAGAAAAAUUUUGUUUAAUGCAAGUUAUUGCAUCUUAUCAGUUUUGAAAUUUACAUGCAUUAUUAUGAUC